CGGCGGGCCAUCAGAUCUCCUACUACCGCAAUGUUCCGCGACCGUCUCCGCCUCUUUGGUAUUCCGUCACAUUCGAUAUCCCUCCUUCAUCCCGUCGUGCAAAGCGGCGCUCGCAAUAUGGCGGCUUUCGUGCGGCUAAAUAUAGCUAAGGGGGUAACAUGUUUACUGAAUGUUGCCCGUUUUGCCCCAUCUUGUCUUGUGAUCCCAGUGAGGACCAAAAAACGACUUAAAGUUCCCCCUAGGAGCUAUGAUCCUUUGGAACGACAGCAAAAGCAAUUAAAAGCUGCAGGAUUGAUGAUACCUGAAGAGAAGUUGUCACAGUAUAUCACUAUUACCUGCACAAGGGGGAUCUUUGACCCUUACAUUCCUGCAGAAGGAGAUGCCCGUAUGUCAAUGUUGUCAAAGGAAGGGCUGUUACAAAGGACAGAGAAAUUGAGGCAGACUGCAAAAUCUUACACGGCAAUCCGAAAAAUAAGGGAGAGUGAUCCUGACUUCCGCAUCAAAACCUUUGGAGAAAAAGCCCAAGAAAUCUUUAUUGAGGCACACAAUAAUCUGGCCAAUUUUAAUGAGGAGAAACUUCACACUCUAGUGACUGAACACUGUUACCCGGAAAUGGUACAAGGAAAUGAAUGCAAGACCAUUCGGUGGAGUUUUCUAGAGUCAUUGGAGCCCCCUAGAGUGGUCCAUGUGCGAUGCCCAACUCUGCUGAACGAGGACCUUCUGUAUGGGCAAGUGACAGUUCGAAUUCACAUUCGGCAGAUUUUAGCUAUCUAUGAUCAGUUUGGGAGGCUGAUGUAUGGAAGCGAACAGACACCAAAGGAUGUACUAGAAUAUGUUGUGUUUGAGAGACACCUGCUACACAGAACUGGCCAGUGGAGGUUACAUGACAAGAUUGUUCCAUCAUGGGCUCCUCCAAAAGAUCCCCUAAUCAAGACUGUUAUGAUCCCAGGACCAACCCUGACACCUUCGGAAGCAUAAGGAAGAAUCAUCAAGAGGCACCAGAUCCACUGAUUUAAUGCAACAAAUAAUAAGACCAAAAAAAUGAAACAGGAAGAAGAAUUGGAUAUGUUGGGCAAUUUCUUACAUGUUUUGCCUCUCGUUAAAUUAUGAGGUAUAUAUCAAGCUGUAUAAUCCCUAUAUUAUUCCAUUUUUCAGUCUUCCUUGCUAGAAUAAUUGAUGUACAUACUUUGCAAUAUUGGUUGUAUAUUGUUACUUUUUGAUCAAUAAAGUAAUAGAUUUCAAGAUAUAAAACCUAAUCAACUUUGAUUUUACAAUCAACUGAAAUACCAACAGGGCCAGGAGCUUUCUCUGAUUUCAUAGAUGUAAUGGUAGUGACAGUUUCUUGAAUUAAAAAGAUAUGGUCCUGAUGUAACUGGUAAUCUCAUGUUUUAUUUUUUUAAUAAUCUAUAUCUUUUGUAGAUGAUUUAGAAACUAUGAUUUAGAAUAAAGUUUUAAAAUAUUUUUAAUAGGUUUGAAGAUCCUGUAUAAAUUAUGGGAGGGCAAAGUAUUAAAAAUUCUUUUUUUGGAAAUAACAUUUAUUAAAUUUGUGUUUAGCAGGUAUCAAAAUUCUGUAUCACUCAGCAGAUGGAGGGGAGACAGACAGAAUUCAAUUCUUAAAAAGAGAAAAUAAAAAAGAAAUAAAACUUAAGCUAAUAGUUGCUUCUUUUUAUAAGAAAGAUGUGCAAUAAAUUAACCCGGGGAGAAUAUUUUGGCAGUGUCUUGUCUUUAGUUUGAAACCAAAGAUUGGCAUAACAGAUGUUAUUACUAAGAAAAGAACCCACCAUCUCCAAUUACAGUUGCAUAAUAAAAUCUUUAUAAUAGUGCAUUGUACAGUUUCCUAUAGGUAGUUACUUAUUGGAUAUUAACAUCAUUCUUAUCCAAAUUAGGGAGGGGGGGGAAUGUGCUAUGAUGCUUUUUGCUAGAAUCUAAUGGGAAUCUGCAGAGCCGAUAACCUAUAUGAAAAUAAAAGUGAGAUC